CCUGAUCUUGGUUCAAAGACUUUAAAGGUUUAAGGAGAUAUAGAGCUUAUUCUUGUGGUUACAUAGCCCUAUUCUAAAGAAAAAUGAUACUCAGCAUUACCAGGCCAAACCAUUCUGAGAUGUGGAUGUGCUCACAAAGAACAACACUUUUUCAUGUGUUUACUAUCCUCUUUUUCUGCAAUCAUAUCAAGUAUUUACAAGCUAUAAAGGUUUAUCAGCCCGCAGUUGUGGUAGCAAACAGAAACGGUGAGGCCACUGUGGAGUGCAGAUACAACUUUAAUGGGACGGUAGAGGAGAUGAGGGUAUCCUUGUUUAAGAGAAAAGAUGUACCUUUACUUGUGUGCGCAGCAUCCUUCUCAACUGAAUUCAAGCCAUUUGAAACAAAGGGGCUUCUGCAGUGCAAAGGGCAGCCAGGUCCAGCCAAUGUUUCCAUCACUGUUUCUGGACUGAAAGCAGCAGAUACUGGUACAUACAUAUGCAAAAUGGAAAUAAUGUACCCACCUCCAUAUCGUGUGAGGAUGGGCAAUGGGACACUAGUGCAUGUAUUUGAUAUUGAGCCCUGUGAGGACCCAUUCCUCUACAUUCUCAUCCCCUCCACAGUUGCCGCUGGACUUUUGUUGCACAGCAUUGUUAUGACAUUGGCUUUCUGUAUCUACAAGUUAAAGAGCAGAAAGAACAAGGAAGAUACAGACUAUGAGAAUAUGUCUACAGAGUAUUCCACAAGAAAUACAACUCUUCCAUAUCAGAUUCUGAAUGACUGA